AUGGUAUCUUUCGAGAAAUUCUUCAUUGCAAUCUCCCUCCUCUUCAAUGGGAUUGCUGCAUUCCCAACCCAAACUGGGACGCUGAGCAUCGCCGCUACUGACGUCCGCGCCGUCAACGACUUCGCUAUUGAGUCUCGGGACUUGAAACACGUAGAUGCUCGCGCCAAGCCCAAGAAGAAGUGCGGCGCCACGAAACGUAACGGACUCGAGCCUAGAAUACUGUACGCCGGCACUAAUGCAAACCAAGUCCUGGAGAACGAGUAUGUCGACGCAAUGCAAAUUAAGAGUAAUGGCGGGAAAGCAACUGUCGCCGAUCUGAGCGGCUGCACUGCUCUCUUCUUCUACAUGGGUACAACACUCCGCCGCGCCGUCCUUAUUCUGUGCGGUAACGAGGAAACAGAUGCCAAAACUGCAAUGCAGGCUGCUAUUGGCGCUGACAGUAUAACCAUCGGGGCAAAAAAUGAUGAACUUUUUGAGGCAGUACAAAGAGGAAUCCGUGCCAUCAAGCCGAACUUCACAUUCAAUAGAGAGCUUAUCUACAAGGUUAAGGAAGCUACAGAUACGACUGCGAUAACUCUCUCGAGUGUCACCGGAGCCACAACCCUUACCAAGGGCACUGGUCCGAGAAUUUGCAGGCAGUCUCAAUAA